AUGUUUGAUCGAAACCAAGGGGGAUACCAGCAGGAUUACGGGGGACAAAACCGCCCUAUGCAAGUAGACAGCAACAUGGCGUCUAAUUAUGGCGACAGGCAACGGACAGACAUGUAUGGGCAAUCCUCACAACCAGUACAUACCUCACCUGGUCGCUACGGGAACGACACGGGGUCCGCUUCUGCACCGCAGUCUAUCCCUCAGGCACCUCCAAGCGGAUGGUACAAUCAGAAUCCCCAGUCACAGGCUUCAUUGCACUCCAAUAGGUCGCAGGGCUUUGACCAACAGGCUUCACCGACUGCCCAUCCUCCGACUCUACCGCACAGCCCGCAGCCAGCCUCGCCUCAACAGAGCUAUCCUUUCAUGCAGAUGCCGUCUCCGAGUCAGGCAUCACUUUUGGCUCAGCGUCAGGUCAAUGGACAGCAGGCUGGAGGCGCAUUGCAGACAGGGGGUCAGUCAAACGCGGCUCUUGGGUAUGUUCCCAGUCUCGGAUAUGAUCAGCCGAUGCUGAGCGAUCCUUACUAUGCUCGGCCGGGCUCUCCGGGAUUGAAUUCUGCCCGAUCUGCGUCUCCAGUUCGAACUGCCUCGCCGCUGCGCUCGUUCAACCCCUCGUCUCCAUACCGCCGCGAUCAGAGCCCCUCCCGCCAGGCUCCUCCACCCAACAUGUAUCAUUUGCGCCAAGGAAACUCUUCACAAACGUCCAUUGGCCAGAUGAGCACCACGAGUGCGGUUUCGAACGGGAUUUCAUCUUCACCGAAGCAGCCCCCCGCAGAAAUGUUUAUUGAGCGGCACCCUGAGCGAUUUAGCCAGCUCACACAGGAAAAAGCAGCUGCAACAAAGCUGCGAAUCGAACACUUUUUCAAGCUGAAUGUCUCUCAUGCUAUUGAGAGAAAUCAGAGACGAGUCCAAACUGAACAAGCACUGGCUCAAGAGCGAUGUUCCGAGGAGCGACGAAAUCGCCAGCUCAUGUCUCUUGGUCGUAAAGAAUCAUCGUUUUUACGCCUUCGACGAACAAAGCUGAGCUUGGAAGACUUUGUGACAGUAAAAGUUAUUGGAAAAGGUGCCUUUGGCGAGGUUCGUUUGGUGCAAAAGCGUGACACUGGUAAAGUAUAUGCUAUGAAGACGUUAUUCAAGUCCGAGAUGUUUAAAAAGGACCAGCUUGCUCAUGUUAAGGCUGAACGUGAUGUUUUGGCAGAUUCUGACUCUCCUUGGGUCGUGAGUCUAUAUUAUUCAUUCCAGGACGCAGACUAUCUAUAUCUCAUUAUGGAGUUUUUGCCCGGAGGAGACUUGAUGACCAUGCUUAUCAAGUAUGAUGUUUUCAGUGAAGAUAUCACACGAUUCUACAUUGCUGAAUGCGUUUUAGCCAUUGAGGCUAUUCACAAGCUAGGCUUCAUUCACCGAGAUAUCAAACCUGACAACAUUCUGAUCGAUAAAUCGGGCCACAUCAAGGUUUCUGAUUUUGGUUUGUCUACCGGGUUCCACAAAACCCACGAUUCAAGUUACUAUCGUCAGUUGCUGGAGAAAGACCGACAGAGUAGCGGAACUCAACGAAACCGAAACUCUACGGUCGUCGAUGCCAUUCACCUCACUAUUUCAAACCGGCAACAAAUUUCCACUUGGCGUAAAUCACGUCGUCUUAUGGCUUAUUCUACGGUUGGCACACCUGACUAUAUUGCACCUGAAAUCUUUGUUCACAAAGGAUACGGCCACGAAUGCGAUUGGUGGUCUUUGGGUGCUAUUAUGUUUGAGUGUUUAGUGGGGUGGCCGCCGUUCUGUUCUGAAACACCCCAAGAGACUUACUGUAAGAUUCUCAAUUGGCAAGAGACUCUGCAAUUCCCUGAGGACAUUCAUUUGUCUCCGGAAGCGGAGGAUCUCAUUCGUCGUCUCCUAACUUCUCAGGAUCAGCGACUGGGCAGAGGUGGGGCUGAUGAGAUUAAGGCUCAUCCUUUCUUCCGCGGAGUUGAUUGGGCUUCAAUCAGACAAUACAGUGCGCCCUUCAUUCCCAAGUUGAAGAGUAUGAUCGACACAUCGUACUUCCCCAUCGAGGACCUUCAGCAGGUUCCAGAUACGCCCUCGGCACCUUCGAGCAACCGACAAACAAAUGUUCGGGAGGAUCUUCCUUUCAUCGGGUACACCUUCUCGAGGUUUGACUACUUGACUCGUAAGAAUGCCAUCUAG